CCCGGAAAAAGGAAGUGAUUGUGUUAGUGUGAAUGUGUGUGUGUCUGUCUAAUUCCAGAUCAGACAACUGAUUGUGUAUCAAUGCCUCAGAAGUUCUUCUAUUGCUCCUUACACUACAGCAUAAUGACAGUGCAGAGAUAUUGCUGGCUGCUUAGUCACUGACUGAAUCGGACUGUAAAAGGGGUUCAUCUGGCAGACAUGCUAUCUGAAAACAGAGAUGCUAUAGCCUGGUAUCAAAAGAAGAACCAGAACAAAAGAUUUGGAUCCGCAUCAUCACUACUGAGUGAGAUUGGAGCCUAUGACCAGCAAAUAUGGGAGAAAUCAUUAGAACAGACUGAGCUCAAGGGUUUUUAUAACAAAACGAAAAAGAUGGUCCAUAUAAAAUCAGAUUUAAUAGAUGUUGACCUGGUCAGAGGAUCGACAUUUGCCAAAGCCAAGCCCGAAAGCCCAUGGACAUCUCUCACUCCGAAAGGUUUAGUAAGGGUGGUGUUUUUACCAUUGUUUAGCAAGUGGUGGAUGCAGGUGACUAGUCCGGGGGUCUUCAUCUGGUUGCUGGCCCUUUACAUUAUGCAAGUGAGCGCUGUUGUCCUGUACUCCAUGGUACCAGUCGCUAGUCUGAGUGAGUUGAUAGGACCAAUGUGCCUUAUGUUGCUACUAGGAACCGUUCACUGCCAAAUUGUAUCCACACAAAGCAAUAAGGUGUCAGUUGCCUGCGGAGGGAACAAAACAAGAAAAAUCCGCAAAACUUCAAGCAACAACGACAAAAGGGAAGUGAGGAAAAGCACAAAGGGAUUUACUUGCAAUCCAAUUAACUCUUUCUUAUAUAAUAAGGCAAAAAGGAAGACAUUGCCAAAGAAGACAAAUCAUGUAGAUAAUGUUGGAUAUACAACGUACACUGGAAAGGGAGAAGAGUCUCACUACAAGAAUGGAACCCACUGUGGAGCGUUUAAAUCUGAUGUACCUGGUGGGGAAAAUAAUCAGUGUGAUUCAAGACAAAAUGGGAAUGAAAUUUCCGAUGAUAUUACAAGUGAGGAGGACUUGGAUUCAAGGAACAAAAGGCUAUACCUUCGGAGAAGCAUUGACGGAGCAUCAAGUGAUAAUGGCUGCAAUCUGACCAGGAGGAAACUGCAGUCUACUGGUAACAAGAAUGUACAGGAAAGGAACAUUAGAGUAAGUGAAAGUCAUCCUGCUCAGGAAUCGGAGAGUCCUGUGGAUUCAGAAGAGGGAUCUGUUCUUAGCCAGGGAUCCAGAUCAGAAGUAAGCUCUCAUAGUUACAGCGUCUCUCACCGUGACUCAGAGAGUGCCCGCCAGGGCUCUGAGACAGAAGAUAUGAUAAUGGAUGAUCUGUUACAUGGUCCACAAUGCCGAUCAUCCUGUGAUAGCGACAGUGAUGAUCCCUUCACCCAGAAUUACUCGGGAGGAGUCAGGAUGAUCCCACCGAAGGAUGUCUUUCAGUUGAACCAUUUGUUUUGGCUUCAAGGCACAAGCCCCACUUCAGAGAGAGUAAGUGCUAUAAUAUGGGAGAAGAACGAGUGCAAGAAGGCUGAUAUGUCUGUCCUGGAAAUUAGUGGAAUGAUAAUGAGAAAGGUGAGCUCCUUUGACCAUGGUGUUGGGUACCAGAUGUUGGGAAAUCUGGUCACUAUAGUGCUAGCUGUCUUUCCAUUCCUCUUCCACCUUUUCCAUCAGCGGGAUUUGGAGCAAAUCAUGUCAUUGACUGUAGAGGAACUUCUCUUGAUCUUCUGUGGUGGGACUCCAACUGUUCUCCUAAUGGCUCUUUCUACCAUUAAUCUUGUGCUGCGUAUUUGCCUUACUUGGAUGUUUUUCUUUUUGAUGUGUGUGGCCGAAAGGACCUACAAACAGAGAUUCCUGAUAGCAAAGCUUUUCAGUCAUUUAACAUCUGCCAGGAAAGCUCUGAAGUCAGAUAUUCCUCACUUCAGGCUUAAAAAGGUGGAGAACAUCAAGAUGUGGCUGUCCUUGCGCUCGUAUCUAAAGAGACGAGGGCCCCAGCGAUCUGUUGAUGUCAUUGUGUCUUCGGUUUACUUAUUAACACUUUCCAUUGCCUUCGUCUGCUGUGCUCAGGUACUUCAUGGACAUACCACAUUCCUAAACUAUGUUUAUAACUGGGAAUUCUUAAUAUGGGAAACCUCACUGCUAAUAUUUCUUCUGCGUUUAACAUCUCUUGGCUCUGACACCAACAAGAAAUAUAGCAAUAUUUCAAUAUUACUUACUGAAGAGAUUAACCUCUAUCUUAAAAUGGAGAAGAAGCCAAACAAGAAAGAACAGCUCAAUAUAGUGAACAACGUCUUGAAACUGUCCUCAAAACUAAUUAAAGAAAUAGACACACCAUUUCGCCUCUAUGGACUUGCUAUGAACCCUUUAAUUUACAACAUAUCACGAGUUGUUAUCCUUUCUGCUGUUUCUGGAGUAGUGAGUGAUCUUCUGGGGUUUAAUAUUAGAUUGUGGAAAAUUAAAUCAUGACCAUAAUAUGAAAGAAGAAGGAAAUUUGGCAGAAAUAAUGAAUUCCAAUACGUAUGUUCUCUCCAUGGAACUCUAUUUACAAGAUCACCAAGGAAGGGAUCACUGUAGCUGGAUACAAAAUCAGAGCAGGGUUAACCAUAAGACGACCCUAGGCGGUUGCCUAAGACCCGGGGCUUAGACAGAGGCCACGGAACAAUAGGUUUGCUUGGCCCAAUUAACUACCUUUUAUGAAGAAUGCAAGAUGGUGCAAACUGAAAACUUGCCUAGGGCAAUUUGUGAUCUUAAUCCUUCUCUGAAGUGAAUGCCAUAAGUUUAAUGUAAAAAAAAGUCUUUCCUCGAUGAAAUGUGACAGAGUUUUUAUAGCAGAUGUUUUUUCAUAUUUUAUAUAAAGUUAAAAUUAUGUAUGGUAUUUAUUUAAAGUCUUAAAAAGUUCUAUUUUAAUACAAUACACUAAAAAGAAAUAUUGGUUACCAUAAAAGAGAAUGUUUUAGCUCAAGCUAUUUUUAGUUUUAGACUAACAAAAUGUAAUUAAUUGUCUAAUUCAGAGAAUCAGUAAAAUAUUGCAAAAGUAUUUUUUAUCAUAUAAAUGGUUUUUAUGAUAUUUUAUUAAUGCCUAGAUUUUAUUUUAAUGCUGUAUUUCCAUUUUAUGGCACACCAGUGUUUUGAAUAUUCAUACGUGUAUACUAGUGAUUCUGUGAUUCCUUUCACAUACGGUAAAUAUCUAAAACCCUUGCAACAUCUUCAAACUGUAAAAUAAAACUAUUCUAUUAAUGCA